ACUGUUCCCGGUGACAAUGGCAGCGCUCUGAUUCCGGACUGUCAGCUCUGCAGCUACAUGGCCUCCGUCCUCGGUUUGACAGGUAGCCGGUGCAGUGCGGGUUGACGUGCCUGGGUAUCACCGAUUCACGACCGUUCCUCUGUCCAUUGCUCGGUGCCGCCCACCCGACAGAAUGGCUGCUACGGCGGAACUUUUCGAGGAGCCGUUUGUUGCCGAUGAAUAUAUUGAGAGGCUGGCUUGGAGAACGCCAGGCGGUGGAUCCAGAGGAGGGGCGGAAUCAUUUGAUCCAAAAAGGUUGUUGGAAGAGUUUGUAAAUCACAUUGAAGAGCUGAAGUUGAUGGAUGAACGAAUUCAGAGAAAAGUUGAAAAAUUAGAGCAUCAGUGCCAGAAAGAAGCAAAGGAGUUUGCCAAAAAAGUGCAGGAACUACAGAAAAGCAACCAGGUUGCUUUCCAGCAUUUCCAAGAGCUGGAUGAACACAUCAGCUAUGUAGCCACUAAGGUGUGCCAUCUUGGUGACCAGCUGGAGGGAGUAAACACACCGCGCCAACGUGCCGUGGAAGCUCAGAAGCUGAUGACCUAUUUUAAUGAAUUUCUAGACGGGAACUUACAAUCUGAUGUUUUUAUCAAUCCUGAAAAGAUAAAAGAAGCAGCUGAUAUAAUUCAGAAAUUGCAUCUCAUUGCACAGGAGCUGCCAUUUGACCGGUUUGCAGAAGUGAAAUCAAAAAUUGCAAGUAAAUAUCACGAUUUGGAGCAUCAGUUAAUACAGGAGUUCACAGGUGCGCAGAGGAGGGGAGAAAUCUCUCGUAUGAGAGAAGUGGCAGCUGUUUUACUUCACUUCAAGGGCUAUUCCCAUUGUGUGGAUGUGUACAUUAAUCAGUGUCGGGAGGGUGCAUACUUAAAGGGAGAUAUCUUUGAAAAUGCUGCUUUGUUAUGCCAACGCGUGAAUAAAGAAGUCGGUGAUGUUUUUAGCAACCCAGAAAUCGUCCUCGCCAAACUUAUUCAAAACAUUUUUGAAGCUGAGAUUCAGAGCUUUGUCAAAGACCAAUUGGAAGAAUGUAGAAAAUCAGAUGCAGAACAAUAUCUAAAGAAUCUUUAUGAUCUGUACACAAGAACUACCAGUCUGUCUAGUAAACUGAUGGAGUUCAAUCUGGGAACCGAUAAGCAGACAUUCUUAUCGAAGUUGAUAAAGUCCAUAUUUAUCAGUUACUUGGAGAACUACAUCGACGUAGAGACUGCUUACUUGAGAAGUAGGAGUUCAGCGAUAUUACAGCGGUAUUACGAUUCUAAGAACCACCAGAAGAGGUCGAUCGGAACCGGAGGAAUUCAAGACCUUAAGGAAAGGAUAAGGCAGCGUACAAACCUGCCUUUAGGACCUAGUAUUGAAACACACGGAGAGACGUUUUUGUCGCAAGACGUCGUGGUGAACUUACUGCAAGAAACCAAGCAUGCCUUUGAAAGAUGUCAUAAACUUUCAGAUCCUUCUGAUCUCCCGAAGAACGCAUUUCGAAUAUUUUCCAUUCUAGUGGAUUAUUUAUGCAUUGAACAUAUUGAUUAUGCCUUGGAAAUAGGACUAGUGGCAAUUCCUUCUCCAGAUUCAAGGAAUGCCAGCUUAUAUUUCUUUGAUGUUGUACAUCAGGCCAACACCAUUUUCCAUUUAUUUGAUAAACAAUUCAAUGAUCAUCUCAUGCCUUUAAUUAGCUCAUCUCCAAAGCUUACAGAGUGUCUUCAAAAGAAAAAAGAUAUAAUAGAACAAAUGGAGGUGAAACUAGAUAAUGGUAUAGACCGGACUCUAAAUUGUAUGAUUGGGCAGAUGAAACAAAUCUUAGCUGCAGAACAAAAAAAGACAGAUUUCAAACCAGAAGAUGAAAAUAAUGUAUUAAUUCAGUAUACUACUGCUUGUGCAAAGGUUUGCAUUUAUGUCCGGAAGCAAGUGGAAAAAAUUAGAAAUUCCAUGGAUGGGAAGAAUGUUGAUGCCGUGCUUAUGGAACUGGGAGUGCGAUUCCACCGUCUCAUAUAUGAGCAUCUGCAGCAAUUUUCCUACAGCUCGAUGGGGGGGAUGCUGGCAAUCUGUGAUGUUGCAGAAUACAGGAAAUGUGCCAAGGACUUCAAGAUUGCACUUGUGCUGCAGCUUUUUGAUGCUCUGCACUCCCUUUGCAACCUAUUGGUUGUCGCUCCAGACAAUUUAAAGCAGGUUUGCUCAGGUGAACAACUUGCUAACCUAGACAAGAACAUCCUGCAUUCCUUUGUACAACUGCGAGCUGACUACAGAUCUUCACGCCUUGCCCGGCACUUUAGCUAAGAUCUCGACUUUGAGAGGAGCUACGUCACCCCGAAGCCAAGUCUUGGCUGGGAGAAAGAAAGCACAGAAUGUCACUCCUUAGUACGUAGAGGUGGAUUUCUUUUUGUAGAGGACCGUGAAAAAUGUGGCAGGCCAUAUUUAACCAACUACAAUUCCUGCUUCUCUGUCCGCGAAAGAGCUUAAGCUAGUUCGAUCCCCUCAAUCGCCCGUUAUAUGGAAGCUAAGAAGGUUCUUCCUUUUACUCCUCAUUUAUUCCUGGUAGACGUGAUCAACACGGGGACAUACUUAUUUGCUGCUUUGUUAACUUCUAAAGUAACAUUACUGCUUUUAUAAACACUAUAAAAAAACUAUGAUUGUUUUUAUUGUAAGUUGUAAGAAAAUGGUGUGUGGUACAGAUCUGUAGUAAGAGACAUAAGCUUAUUUUCAUGGCCAUAUGCCCCCCCCCACCAAAGGGAAAUUGUAUGUAGGAAAGUUAGUUCAGCACUUAGGCAGAACUUUUUCGUUUCUUUAACAGUCCCUUGUUCUUGUUUAACUAGCUUUUUGGUUUAAUUACUUUAAGGCUGAUGGGUUAUAUUUAAAGCAUCACCCCAGUGUUUAGUACAAUGUCCGAACAUCUCUCAAACACAAAAGUGAAUCCUGCUCAGAUCUGGCAAGCUC